AGAGAGAAGCAUAAAAAGUUCUGAUCAUAGUUUAGCGCCAUUUAAAACUGCUUUGACCAACACAAUCAUCACUCUCCAGUGGCUAAAAUAUGGUUGAAAAGGAACCACAGGGCUCUAAGGUGUAUGAAAACAUCCAUGAUGUUCCAGCCAGGAAUGUUGUGUUUCAGAGCCGCUCUGGUGAAGACAGUAAAGCGACUCCUGCAGUGCCUGGAUUCAAACUCUACAGAUUGCUUGCUGUUAGCUUUGGACUCCUGUGUAUCCUACAAGCUGCUCUCAACAUUUCCCUGCGUCUUGCUCUAGCCAAGAAGACACAAGACAUUGAGUCCAGAUUUAAAAACCUUACUGCAGAGCGAGACGAACUGAAGUCAAAGCUGAGUGACCCCGGAUGGGUGUAUUUCAGCGGUAGUUUCUAUUACAUUUCUGCUAUCAAGAAAUCCUGGCAAGAGAGUAGAGAUGACUGUCUGCAAAGAGGUGCAGACCUGAUGAUUAUCAAAAGCAUUGAAGAACAGAAUUUCACAAGACAAUUGAAGAGUAACUUGUGGAUUGGACUGACUGACAGAGAGACAGAGGGAUCAUGGAAAUGGGUUGAUGGGACUCCGCUGACAACAAGCUACUGGGCUGAGGAUGAGCCUAAUGGCUAUGAAAUCAGAGACGAAGACUGUGGAGAAAUAAGAUACCAUAAACUGGAAAACAACUGGAAUGAUAAACCAUGUAAUAGAACAAUCUUCUGGAUCUGUGAAAUGAAAGUGCAUCUCUAACUUAGCAUAAAGAGGAAAACUUCAGCCCCCCUUUAGUUCAGUAUAGCCAAUCACACAAAGUUGUCAUUGAUCUGUGCUUAUUUUGCCAGGAGACUUCAUGAUCAUGUAGUGUUUCGAUCAACUAUCAAAAUGUAAAAAUGUGUUCAUGCACAAUUUCGUUGUUUGCUGACUAAAAAUGAGCAAUCUGAAAGAAAUUUAGCCAUUUUUCUGUUGUUUAAGCAUUUCACACUUAGAUCUUCACAAUACCAACCUGAAAAUGCCCAUAUGGACAUGCACAUUAUUAGAUUUGCUGGCUUAGUGUGGAUCUAGUCUGGAAUAGCGUAUUACUGCGCUGCAGGGAAAGUGGCAGGUUAACAUACAUAGAACAAUAUAUCCAACUAGGGUCACUGCUUUGAUAACAAUAAAUAAUAUAAAAGACUCUAAUGUUAUGCAUGAUUUGAUUCAUUGUUAAAUAAAUGUUUUUCCCUCAU